AUGGGUUUGGCCUUGGAGAAAUGCUGUUGCUUCAUACCACUUCGUAUGGGCACAUUUAUCAUUGCACUUUGGUUUUUUAUUGCUUACUUGUUUGACGCUGUAACUGGUUUCCUUGGUAUCAAUUCCAUCAUUGUGUAUUCAGGACAAACAGCCAAGGCAUGGUACUAUAUCAACUUGUUGUUCACAGUGCUUGUAUUUGUGGGAGGGCUGUCUGGUAUCAUUGGGUCAAUAUUUGCACAAAGAAAAUCGGCCAGAUUCUUCAGCAUUGUUGUUUGGGUGUGUUGCGCAUUAUCCUUCAUCAAAUACGUUAUUUCCUUGGUUUUGAUGGUUGUUUACCGUCAAAACAUGAUCAAUACAUGCAUCCGAUCCGGUAUCGUGGGAUUUGGAAACUCGCAAAUUGGACUUGGACCCACAACAAUCUCGACCAACAGCUACUAUUCACCUGUCAAAUAUCCAAACACCAUGAACGCACAUGCAACAUCUGCUGAGGAUUGUGAACAUUCGAUUAAAAUGUUGAUCAUCUUGUGGGGCGUUCUCAUCUUUAUCGUGCAAAUGGUUCAGAUUUAUUUUGCAUCUGUUGUUGGCGCUUACGCUACCAGACUUCGCAGCGGUGCUCGCCAUCAUCGACUUCACGACCAACAGAUCAAGGACUUUGAGGAAUCAAGAUUCCACAUGUCAACUGUCUAUUAG